UCAGCUGAUAUCUUCUAGACCACACAACCUCAAAUAUUUAGAAUCGAUAAAUGUUUUCAAAACAUUAGCAAAAAUUGAAUUAAAAUGCGGCUAAAGAGAUGUUCUGUCCUGAACCAUAACUUGCUGAUGUAGAAAACAUAAUUUGAUAGUAUAUAAUACAGGGUGUCCCGCAACAGUCUACCUAAGAAGAUUUUGUCCUUAUCGUUAUUGCUAUAUUUAUACACACUAUGAAACAAUCACUGGGAAAUAAAAUUGCCCACUUAUCUGUUGAAAAAUUCAAAUCCCUUCCAAAGACUGGAAAACCAAAAGAAACCGAAUGGACAAUUUUAUCGUCGAUUGUAAAAGAGCAAAAUUCAACAUUCGAAGUUGUAUCAAUAGGUACCGGUUCCAAAUGUAUUGGAAAGACAAAAAUGUGUCCCAAAGGCACUAUAGUUAAUGAUAGUCAUGCAGAAGUAAUGUGCCGAAGAGCUUUCUUAAGAUACUUAUACAGUCACCUUACUGAGGAUUCAGCAAUUUUUUAUUCGCACAAAAACAAGACGUUCUCCUUAAAACCGGGGGUAAAGUUUCACUUUUUUACUACACAAGUGCCUUGUGGCGAUGCCGCUAUAUUCCCACAAGAUCACAAAAAUGAGGAUGCUGGAUCUAUCAUUGAAGAUAGCACUAGUGAAAACAUACCUGCAAAAAAAAGGAAACUGGAAGAUAUAUUUCGAACAGGAGCGAAAUGCCUGAAGGAUAGCAUGGUGCAGGACCCCAAAACAGACGGCGCUACUUAUCAUGUGUUAGGUGUGGUGAGAACUAAACCAGGUAGAGGCGAUCCCACAGCUUCAGUGUCGUGUAGUGACAAGUUGGCUAAAUGGUGCCAUUUAGGAAUACAAGGAGCCUUAUUAAUGCUGUUUCUCGCGGAGCCCGUAUACUUAUCAUCAUUUACCAUAUUAAAAGAAUCUCCGUUUUGCCAGAAGUCAUUGGAAAGAGCGCUGUUCGAAAGGGUCACUCCUUCACUUUCACUCCCUUAUCAAAAACAUAAACUAGAAUUUUACAAAGCGGACAAAUCGUUUGUGUACAGAAAGACCGAAAAUCGAUUGGCAUGUUCUUCGAGUAUCUGCUGGUGGUAUUCACAGAAUGAGCAGCAGAAUUUCGAGGUAGCAGUAAAUGGAAGAAAGCAAGGCGUUACCAAGAAAAAUUACCUAACCGAAAAGGGCAGACUAGGAAUUUGUAAGUUGGAGCUAUUUAAAACGUUUAGAGAUAAAUGUUUGGAACUAAAGAUAGACCUCGACUCGGAUAUGGAAAAUUCGACAUAUGAACAAGCAAAAAGGCUCAGUAAAUCCUAUCAAAACAAUUGGAUAAUUCUGAAAGAACAGUUUCGAACUUGGACUAUGAAAGAUCCAGAAUUAUUGCACUUCACUGUUACCGGAUAAAUAUACGUUUUAACAGCAUAAA